CAAACAAAAUUAAAUAUGGCAACGUCUGUGUUGGCGCUAAUUGAGUUGUUAUUGAUGGCAUCCCAGGUUAAAGAGCUUGAGCUCUAGCAAACCAAUUCCUAUCCUACAUCUCUCCACACACACACACAAAUUGGAGCCCGACAAGAACAAAGAACCUCAACAAUAACGCCAAGAAGUCAACCUAGCCUAAAGAGAGAGAGAGAGAGAGAGAAAGUGUGGCGGACAGCAAUUCAAUUGCCGCACAGUAAAAAACCAAAAAAAAAAGUAACACAAAAAAAAGAAGGCGUGCAAUAUGGAAGACCUAUUUCUACUGAUUAUCAAGGAGUCAACGGGCACCAAGCACAAUGCUCUGCGUCAAACGGCUCAAAUUGCUUACGAUAAACUAUAUCGACAACAUGGCAUACAUCGAGAUCCAUCGCACGAAUUGCGCUCCGUUUGUUUCACGGCACUGCAAAUGGCCUUGGACACGAAGCGGCCAAAGUUCAUCACAAUGGGCCUCAACGGUCUGCAUCGCGUUAUCAAGGACGAACGUUUCUAUAUUGGCCUCGAACCGGAAGAUGAUUCCGUGUGGCUCCCCUCGCAGCUGUUACGUGCCACCAAUGGCAUCCUGCCAUCAUCGAGCAGCGAGGACACAGUAGUAAAUGUGCUCCGACUGUUCCUGGCCAUGGCCUGCUCCCCGGCCUGUACUCUGAAUGGCCGUCUGCUCAUAGAGAUACUGUCGCGUUGCGGCGAGUGCUGGGAAAUGGGUUCGAGGGCAACAAAGGCCGCUUCCCUGGCGGCAGCCUCCCAGUGUCUGCGCACCUUUUGCGCUUUUCUCAUAGAGGAGGCCGAGGAGGUUAAAAAGACGGCACCAGCCGGUCUGAUGACACAAACCCAGGCAUCGGCGGUUUACAACGAGGUGAUACCGGUGAUGCAAUGGCUCUGCAGUCGCCUGGUCGAGCCCAAUGUGAACGCAUCGCCCAAUAAGAAGAGCGAGAAUCCCAGUUCGCUCUAUCUAACAGAGUGCAUACUGACCCUGAGCUCGGCCUUGCCCAGGAACGUUCACGCCAAUCCGCAUUUCACAUCGUUUUUGUGGCAAAAGUUCUGUCCCACAUUGGCAGCUGCCUUAGGAUCGCCAGGCAGAAUCAAUCUAGACAAGAAGUUCACCUACAAGGAUGCCCUUCACAUGAUUGAGAACGAGGCGAGGGGGUUUUUCACAGGUCCAGGCCUGGAUGGGCCACAGGCACGUUGUGUCUACUUGACAGCGAUUCAACUGCUGCGCAUUGCCGGAGCUCAUGGAUCAUUGCGACCCAUGCUGGAGGCUUUAUUCCAUCGAAUGCUGCUACUGCCAGCACCCCAGAAUCGCACUGAGCCGCUGAAGUGCGUGCGCGAGAUUUUCAAGAGUCCAGAACGACUGAUAGAUCUCGCCGUUAUCCUCUAUGUGGACAAGAACACAGCUCAGGGCUGCAGCGAUGAGAUGGCCCUGUUUCGUCUCCUGGUGGAUGCUAUGGAGGAGUGUGCCUAUGGAGCCAGCGCUGGCAGUGCCACCGAGGCGAGCCUUCAAGCGAGCGUGGAGUGCAUGGUUGCUUUGCUGGACAGUCUACAGGUUCUGUGCAGCGGCGAACUGACAGAGUCGAUGAUAAGUGAUCAGAUUGUCCAGGUGGUAAACGGGCGUCAUGAUCUGCUCAAGGAUGCCGACUAUUCGGGUCCCCUGACCUAUCAGAGUAUGGCCCGUUUGCCGGCACCCUAUCGUGAUGCCAUUGUGGAAUUCCGGCAAAACGUAUUCGAGACUUCAUCGGGCUCGGAGAGUGAAGGUGAGCCGCCGCAUGAGCAGGAUGUAGCUUCAAAUGGAUCGGGCGACACAGAGGGUCCCGAGGACGAUGAUCCCAGCAGCUCAAGCGAUGAAACUUCGCGGGUGGAGAACCGUUGGCCCUACUCCCAUCUGGAGGCGCCCGUGAUGCCCAUACGGACAGACAGCGACAAUGAUCGCCAGCAUGCCCGUGAUUUCGCCAGGGCUUUGCGCCAGGAUCUGGUGCCCAAGCUGCUUCGGUUGCGCAGUUGUGUGGAGUUGGACGAGGCCAUGCAGGAGUUCGCCUCGGCCGUGUGCCAGGAGAACAGCAUGAACUUCUCCGAUUUCGACUACAAUCUGACGGCCAUCAAUGCGGAUGGCAUCUAUUUGGCCAUUUACUCCUCGCUGCUGCUCAGUCUGCAGCUAAUGAAGGCGGGCUACUACGAACAAGCCCUCUCCAAUAAGGAUAUUCUGGUGCCCAUGUCGGAACAGCAGUUUGUCACCUCGGUACAGAACACUGGAGUGCUCGUCUACCUGUCUUCGCCUUGGCUGUGUGAGCUCUAUCAGUCGGUGAUUGUUUACAACAUCCUCGAGUCGAUGACGCGGGCCCAACUGGAGGGCACUGGUCCGCGUUGUGCCCUGGUGGACAUGCUCUGCGAUGCCGGGGGUCUGGGUGCCACCCAAAUGCUGUCCGAGUGGCAGCGACUCCAGACGGCGACGGUCAAACACAGCGACGAGCUGAACGACAAGAGACGCGAAGCGGCGAAGAAACUGUGUCGAAGAUUGCUCACCUGCUGCUGGGACUCCAUGGUAAUUGUCCUGAGCUCUGGCUUGGGCGAUCUGCAGACGACAGCCUCAAACAAACUGGUGGCCCUCUCCAAGCGUACGCUGAGAGUCAAGGCCAAGACGAACAAAUCGAACGGUGAAGCCUUGUAUGCCAUGUGCCUCGACGGAUUGCAUUCGGCCGCCACUCUGAGCAACAGUUUGAAUCUGCAACAUUUGGCGGGCAAGAUAUUGAAUCUGCUGGCCUCCAAUGUGUGCCAGACAACUGGGCCACGCAUCUCGGCCAGUCAAGCCAUGUCUAUGGAUGUCGUCCUUACUGGUGGCCUCAACUUGGGUAGUUACAGCGCCGACUGCUGGCAGAGUAUCUUUGCCGUUUGUCGUCAUGUUAGCCAGUUGGAGCAUGAGAUCUUCAGCAUGCAGAAUCCACCAAUAUCCGCUUCACCCGGUAGCAGUCGUCGCGAUCUUGAGACGGGAGAGAAGCUAAACAAUGGCAAUAGUGUCCAGGAUAAGCUAAAUCUAUCUUCCAUACCCAUAGAUGAUGAUGAGACUUGUGUGGACGUCUAUAGCUUCUUGCAGGCUCCCAUGCAGAGUCCCAAUACGAAUAUCACUUCCAUUCUGAAAGUCUAUUCGGGGACCAAUGAGACGGUGCUAUUGAGUCAAUGCGAUACUUCUAAAGUCUUGUGUGCGUUGUCCCAUCAGGCGGAGAAUCUGUUCAGUGAUGCCGCCGAACGUCUGAGUUUGCCCUCGCUGUGUCAGUUCCUCAAGCAUCUGUGCCGCGCCUCCAGAGAGCAAUUGUACAAGAGUCAGGUGGCUCGCAAAGGUGGCCGCAUCUGGUGGCCUAGCAAGGGGUGGAAGAAACUGGACUCGUUGCCCAUGUCUCUACUGCUACAUAGGAUCGGAGACGUCACCCUGAAAGUAUUUCGCAGUUCCCGGCCCUUGCUGCAUGUGCUCAAGGUGUGGGCCAUUACGGGACCCCAUCUGAUGGAUGCUGCCUGUCAUCGGGACCGGAUGAUAUCAAAACGAGCCAUUGAGUAUAUUCACGACAUCAUCACCGCUCUAUUGGUGGAGCAAUCGGAGCUGCCGUACUUCCAUUUUAACGAAGCCCUGCUAAAGCCCUUCGAGAAUCUGCUAAGCAUGGACACCGAUGUCGAUGUGCAGGAUCAGAUUGUCGCCUGCCUCUAUGAGGUUGUCGAGGCGCAUCGCACCGAGAUUCGUUCCGGUUGGAGGCCUCUCUUUGGCACGUUGCGCAAUGCCCGAAGUCGCAUGUUGAAUAUGAGCAAUAUCAUUGACAUCUUCCGGGUCUUCCUUGACUCGGACAAUACGCUGGUAUUCGCCAACGCCGGCCUGGAUUGCAUAUUGUGCCUGCUAUCGUAUCUAGAGAUUUCAGGCGGUGCUCUUAGUAAUAAUAAUAACAAUGCCUGCGGGGGCGGCAGCGGUGGGUGCGACAAUCCGACAGAGAGUGCCCCGGACAAUGCAGCUUUUCGUCCUACAGACUUCCUGCACGAAACGCUGCGCUUCCUGGAACGCUGCUCGAGCAUCCUUGGGUUCAUGUACAGCAUGCCCAAGUGUCCCAAUUUCCAUUCGACCUACAAGAUCAAGGGCAUCUCGUACACUCAUAUCAUUGACGCCAAUAUACCCAGCUCCAUGGAGAACUUCACCUAUUUUGGCAACGACUAUCUGCAGACCAAGAAUGAGCAAUAUAUGAUAUCGUACCGUUCGCUGCACAUCGACAAGGACACAAUUGUAAAGAUCGAUGAGAUGGACAAGCCAUCGGGAGUGCUGAAAGUUUGGUUCCUGCUCCUCGAUGGACUGACCAAUUCGCUAAUCGUCUGCCCCUAUUCGCAUCAGGCGCCCAUUUUGCAAACCAUAUUCAAGUUGUUUAAGAAUCUUCUGUCCACGCCGGGCAUAGAUUUCGGAUUCUACUGCAUCAACCAUCUUCUGAUACCCAUGAUCCAGGAUUGGUUGCGCUACAUUAACAAGACGGGCGCCUCCUGGCAGCUCAUUGAAAAGAAUUUCAAGCACUGCUGCUGCAUGACCACAGAUCUAGUCGUGGAGUUCAUUGAGAAAUCCGUGCCAGAGCAACGAAGAUUGGGGGCCAUCACAAAGACGCGUUUGACCCAGAUAGUUCAUCCCGCCGAUAAUCUAAUCUACUCCAAGUUAAAGUUCGUCACCGAGAGAAUAGAGCAACCGCAGCAGAAGGCUUCGGAGGGUGGAUUUACCAAUCAUCAGUAUGACAGCAGCUCCAGUUCGGCCAGUGACGAGCAGGCCACAGGAUUGGGCAAUGCAGGGCCAGCAUCGGGCCCGGGGCCAGGUGGUAAUCUGGGUAUUGAAUCACCAACCAAAAUCUCUGGAUCAGCCACAUUGGCUCUCAAGCAAUUGCUUCUAGUGCUCAUUGAGUGUGCUGCCCAAUCUCAGGAGGCGAUAGCCCGCAUUUCGGUGUCGUGCCUGAAGCACGUCAUCCUGUCCACGGGCAUGCUCUUCAAUGAAUCCCAAUGGAUGAUUGCCUGUUCGGCAAUCCAUCGAGCCUGCACAGUGACCAUUGCCCCGCUGCGUCAAUUGUCCUUCGCCUUCCACGAGAAGUCCAAUAGCUUCUAUGGCGACUGUGCCAAUGUCAAGGUGGCCGCUCGUCGAGAUAGCACUCUGGAGGAAUUGGCCCGCAUCUAUUCUCUGGCCCAGCAGGUCUUCCUUUCUGACAAUCAACGAGAACCAAUGCAGGGACAGAGCCAGGUUCAGGGCCAGAGUAUGAGUUCAACCACAGCCAAGACUGCAUCCGGCCAACUGUCGGACGAUAGAAGCUAUUCCUUUUUGCUUUACCCCCUGAACAAUGGCUUCAAUUCCAAUCUAGAUAACUUUGUGAUCAGAAUUCCGUUCAAGAAUCUUGUCGUUGGACUUCUCGCCAAUCAAAUGCUGCUCCAGUUGGUGGCCAAGCUGCUGCUUUCGCGUCUUAAGUGUGUGCCCCAGGCUGUAUCCACCUGCAUCUUUGAUAACUACGCCACCUCGGCGGCCACGCCCACUCACGACUACGAUCUGGAUUUUCGCUCCAAGGAGAUUCUCCUGCGUUGUGUGAAGCAAUAUCUCAUGUCCGCCCUGGAGUUCGAUUCGCGCCCGGGCCUGAAGUUUCUCAUGCAAAAGGUUUCGAAUAUCGAGUAUGCGGCCAAUCUGUACAAGCAGAUGACCUCAUCCUGGAUGAUUUACUAUAUAGCCCUAGUGGAUUCGCAUCUCAACGACAUUGUGGUAUACAAUCUGGGUCCCGAGGACUUGAAUUUCAUCCUGGAGUCCUGUUCCCGCCUCAACACGACAACCGUCAAGAAGAAGGAGAAUUUUGUGCGUUAUUUGUUCUGCCUUCAGGAUGCUUGGAAUCUGGUGUGUGAGCUCUAUCUAAGCAACUCGGCUCUCCAUGACAUUGAAAACGGAAAAUUGCGCAAUUGUCCGGAUCAGGGAAGGGCAGGGCAGAAAUUGCCAUUGCAUUCCAAGCACAUGGGAAUGUGCGUUGGCAUGUCUCUCAACGGCAACGGACCGCCCACUGGAGAUGCGGGCAGCAAUGGAUCUACCACGGACUCAAACACCUCGCCAUCGCCCACCAAGUGUGUGCAGCUGGAGGAGGAGAACGUGACCAUGACCACACUGAUUAGUGAAUUCCAGCCCAAGUGUCGCAAUAAUCCGUUUGACACAAACCGACAGGCCAAGUCGGAGGCGGAAUCAAUCUCACCGGAAAUCGAACAACAGCGAGCCAGCAGCAUUCUAAAGGAUUCCAACUACAAGAGAGCUGCCUUGGCCCAACUGGUGGUUGCCUCGAUGGAGCUGCUGCGCUCUUUGCCCACCGAGGCUGAGGAGAAUUUGAAAUUAUUGAUGACACCAACCAUACGGGAGGCAUUCCGUUUGGUCCAAUUGCAGGGAAAUGAACUAAAGGUUAAUCAAUUUUAGGCUAUGCUUGUUGAGUUUUAUUUUGAUCUGUAGGUGCAUCAACAACAGGCUCCUACUCCAAAUCCAAUUUACUACUCCCUCCCUCCCUCUCUCUCUCUCUCUCUCUCUCUCUCUCUCUGUCUAUUUAUAUCUUUCUAUUUAUCCUUCACAUGCACAUUCCCUCCCUCCCUCUCUCUAUUUCUUAUUUUCUCUCUGUGUGUGUCCUUGUCGUCCUCGGCCCGCCAGGCAAUACCAUUUCAAAGUAAAAGCUCAACAUGUUCAGCACAAAGUUAAACUGAAAGUACAAGCAAACCUCUCGAUGAAGAUUUCAAAAAGAAUUAGCCCUGUACAUUAUUGAAUUAGUAGAUACUUUGUCCUAGCUCCAUUCCGCACUCAAACACCUACCCACCCACUCAGCCAGUCACCCAUUGAGACAAUUGUAAAUCAAAAUUAAAUUGAAUCGCAAUAAUGUGUGUUGUGCCUCUCUCUUUCCACUCUCUCUCUCUCUCCCUAUCUCUCUCUCUCUCUCUCUCUAUCUUGAUAGAUAAAGUAAAACUAGUAACUAGAAAAGAGAUAUGUUAAGCCAUAUAACGAGGAGGAGAAGAAGGAAAAUGAGAAAAUAUAUGAUAGAAGAUAUUUAUUUUUGAUGGCAUUUAAACGAGUUCUAGCAGCAAGGAGUAGCACCGUGGGAUCCCAUAGAUCCCAUAGUCCAGAGAGAAUCAACUCUGAUGGGAAUUUUAAUAUAGUUUUGUAGUGUAUGUGUCCCACAUUCUCCUAAAAGUAGACUAUACAUAAUUAAAUCAUAAAGAUACUUUCCCAUUGCGCUUUUUUCCUGGGUUUUUCUCUUUUGCAAUCUAAAGGAAAGUAUAAUCGACAUAUCUUUAACGCUUUACCCUAGCAUCUUUCUACAAAUACUUAUAAUUUUCUCAGUAAAUGGGUAAAAGGGUCUCACCUCUAGUUUAAGUAGCCGCCCCCGAACUAAGUUCGGCUGUGCCGAAAUUUGUUUACCCUCCAUUGGUUCUAUCUCUUGAGUUAGUUAUACCUAAAGGCAUCCAUAAAUAAUGAACAAUAGUUCCUAUGGGAGCUAUAUAAUAUAUAGUCGUCCGUUAUGCAUAUGAACUCAGUUCAUUACGCUGAUCAAAAAUAUAUAUUUACAUAUAUGUAUUGAUAUAUAUACAUUCCUAGCAAGGGUACUAAGGAAAUACUGUAUUAAAGAUGCUAAAGAAACUCUUCUUUUUUAGCUCAAUGUUAUGUAAACAAAGGCGGAUCUAAGAAUGUGAAAUGUAUGAAAUUGCCCCCUUAAGUAUGCAAUAGCUAAUCGAAAAAUGCUCUAUAAAUAAUGUGUACAACAUUCCAAAUCAUUCCAAAGAUUAAACUUUUAACUGCCUAUGCAUACUUUAGGGGGCUAAUUAGCCACAUUUCAUAUGCUCGGAUCCGACACUGUAUGUGAACAAAGUGUAAACUGUAUUAUAGUUAUUAAUUUCGCAUAAUUAUUAUUAUAUAUAUAUAUAUACAUACA